AUGGCACCUCGAAAAUAUUUAUGCGGAAAUGAAAAAAGAAAAAAGAAAAAACGAGAAGAAGAACUUGUUGAAUCACAAAAAGGAGCUAUUGAUAAAUUUUUAUCAAGAAGUUCAAAUGUUCCUAUAGUUAGCGAAUCAAAUGAAAAUUUAAGUGAUGAAAAUAUUGUUUCAAGUGAACCUAUUACUGAAAAUAUUAUGCCAAGUGAUUUAAAUAAUGAAAAUGUAGUUGAUGAUGGUGAUGAUAGUCAAGCUUUACCACAUUUUGAUAUAUAUGAACCUAGCACAUGGAAAAAUCUUGAUAACAAAGCAAGGGACAUUUUAGUUGAGAAGGGAUUUGAAAGAGAAUUGAACAUUAAUUUUCCUUUAGAUGAAGACCGAAGGAAAUUUUCAUAUGCACAUUAUUCUAGAAAAUUGAGUAAUGGAGAAAUUAGUGAUCGAAAAUGGUUGAUUUACUCUAAACUUGUCGAUAAAGUGUUUUGCUUUUGUUGUAAAUUAUUCAAAUCUAAUAGCAAUACAACUUUAUUAGCAAAUGAAGGAUUGAGAGACUGGAGACAUUUCAAAAGACUAUCUGACCAUGAAAAUAGUAUUGAGCAUAUGACUAAUAUGAGCUCCUGGAAUGAGCUAAGACUAAGGUUGGGAAAAAAUGAAACAAUUGAUAAUGAGUUGCAAAAACAAAUUAUGAUGGAAAAAGAACGAUGGCGACAAGUUUUGAUUAGAAUAGUAGCCGUCAUAAAAUGUCUUGCUAAAAAUCAUUUGGCUUUUCGAGGAUCUAAUGAGAAGCUCUAUCAAAAUAAUAAUGGUAAUUUUUUGGGAAUUAUUGAGUUGAUCGCAGAAUUUGAUGUAAUAAUGCAAGAUCAUGUUAGACGAAUUCAAAAUCAUGAAGUUCAUUAUCAUUAUCUUAGCCACAGAAUACAAAAUGAGUUGAUUUCUCGUUUAGGCGUUAGUGUUAAAACUUCUAUCAUAAAGAGAAUUAAAGAAGCAAAAUAUUUUUCUGUAGAUGAUACAUCUGGACUGGGGCUCUUUAAUGAAUUGUUAAAUGUAUUAAAACUACUUGACCUUAAUGUUGAUGACAUUAGAGGGCAAGGUUAUGAUAAUGGUUCUAAUAUGAAAGCUAUCUCAUUUUUUGGAGUUGUGCAACGUAUAUAUUCAUUAUUUUCGAGUUCUACUAAGAGGUGGAAGAUUUUAAUUGAUAAUGUUCCUUCAUUUACUGUGAAAUGUCAUAAUGAUGGGUUCUAG